AUGAAAAAUGAAAAAUGGAAAUGGAAAAUGGAAAAUAAAAAAUAAAAAAUAAAAAAUAAAAAAUAAAAAAUAAAAAAUAAAAAAUAAAAAAUAAAAAUGAAUCAAUAAUUAAAUCAUAUAACACCAUCCAAUUAUGAUUAAUCAAUAUCCAAUUAAUCCAAAUCUUCACCAUCAAAUUACUCAUCAUAUUCUUAUUCUUCAUCUUAUUAGCUACCUAAUUUUUCACUCAAAUAAAUAUAUAAAUUCCUAAUUAAAACAACUGAGCCUGAAAAAAUAUAACUAGAAAUAGAGCAUAAAAAUAAUACAAAUAACAUUUAAUUUAAAUUUCUAGUAUAAAAUAUUAUAGAAUCUCUCAGACCAAAUAUUGAUUUAGUUUUAUACGAAUAAGAUUUAGGAUUUCCACCAUUCUAUCUUAUACUUUAAAAUAUUUCUAAUAACAAACAAUUAUUUAAACUCAAAUUAGCAUUAUCUGUUUAUUAUUAUUUUAAUUAUUAUAUUUUUUUUUCUAUAUCUUGA